AUAUUUGACGUCAACUGAAACCAAUUUGUGUCAAAUAAAGUGGACGUCCAUAACGUGUGACUACUGUUUCUUAGAUUUAAUAAACGAAAAGCUGUUUUUGUGUCGACUUUUGGAUCAUAUAUUGAAUGAGUUAUUAGUAUUGAGUGACUCAUUGACUGACAACAUAUACACUGAUAUCAUAUAUGAAUCGUCGAGACAUCGAUUGGUCACAUCUGUCCACAAGACUGUCUCCGACGAGUUCCGCAGAUAUCCAUUGAAAUCGUUUUUUUUGGUGACAAUUUGGUUAUCAAAGCAAUUGAUUGAUUGCUCCUUUACUUCUGUUUUUCAACAACAAUGUCAUCUGAAAUGGUUGUCCGUCGGGCCUCUCACGCCAACAAUUGGUAUUCAGGAUCAGCUAAAGAGUUACGAAAUCAAUUGGAAACCUGGUUGACCACCGCUGGAUCGUCAACUCACGGACCCGCGCGGGCUAUAAUUGCACCUCAUGCGGGCUAUCAUUAUUGUGGCGCCUGUGCUGCCUAUGCUUACAAAGAAAUAUCACCGCAAACAACGAAACGAGUGUUUAUCUUAGGUCCGGCUCAUCACAUACGGCUGGGCGGAUGCGCCCUCUCUCCGGCCAAGGUUUACAAGACUCCUUUAUAUGAUCUAAAUAUAGACCAAAAAAUUUACAGCGAACUGUACGAAACACAGAUGUUUGAAGAGAUGACUCUUCACACAGAUGAAGACGAACACAGCAUUGAAAUGCAUUUACCAUAUGUGGCCCGAGUUAUGGAGGGACAAUCAUUUACUAUUGUUCCCAUCCUUGUGGGCUCAUUGACCACCGAAAAGGAGGUUCUUUAUGGCAAAUUGUUAAGCAAAUACUUGGCUGAUAUUGACAAUGUCUUUGUCAUCUCAUCCGACUUCUGUCAUUGGGGUAACCGUUUUGGUUAUCAAUAUUACGAUAAGAGUGCCGGAGAUAUCUACCAAUCAAUUCAAAAAUUGGAUGAAAUUGGAAUGAAUGCAAUUGAGAAACUCAUUCCUUCAGGAUUUAGCUCUUAUUUAAAGAAAUACGGAAACACUAUAUGUGGAAGACAUCCAAUUGGAGUGCUUCUCAAUGCCGUCCAUGAGUUGGGCAACUCAGGCAAUGAACAUAACGCUGCACUCAAGUUCUUAAAGUACUCCCAAUCGAGUAAAUGCUUAUAUAUGGGCGACUCUUCAGUAAGCUAUGCGGCCGCCAGUCUUAAAAUGGACUGAUAUAUGAUAUGAUAACAAUCAAUAUAUGAGCACUUAAUUAUCAAUUGUGCCUAUAAUUUAAUAGACAUUUAACAAAGUUUGU